AUGCAGAUUCCUCAAAGCGAAGACUCCAUUGCAGAUGUCGCACGAAAGUUGACCGCACUGGCAGAUACUGUCCGUCAUGGACAAAGCAUCGCUGCCGUCACGAAGUAUGUUGCGUCUACGACACAGAAGAGAAAACCUCUGGAUAGCGCUGUUACCGAGAUGACUGAGCAGGAAUACAACGCAUGGGGUCUUUUCACCGCGGGCAAAUACCCUCUACCGGAAAUUGACUGGGACUCUUGCCAUGACCCAGCGCCAACUUCUACAAAGCCUCUGCGAAUUACGCAUCGACGUGCAGAAGCACUCAACCGCCUCUACGACACCGAGAAAGCAGAUCCAAGCCAUUCGGUAUGGUUUUCAAAGCACCAAAUUGUCCAUCUUCCCCUUGUCAAGGCUAUGGCACGAAUAAUCGGAGCUGAACGGAACUUAUUGGGUGGACAGAACGCGUUGAAUGCAACGCAGGUGGCAGACUUGCAGACAAUAAAUAAGAUCUUAUCCGUAUCUACUGAAAUCUUAAAGAGCUCAAGAGGCAAAUUGAUUUCAGCGGAGAUAUCAUCCGCUCAGCGAAUCUUAGGGUCUCAGCGGGAUACGCUGCGGGAGAAGCUUGCGGAUAAUGGGAGGAAGAGAAAAGGGGCACCGCAGUGA